AUGUCUUCUGAGCCCACUUCAUCCGCCUCGCAGCAGUCCCCCACCUCUCCACCCUCACCCAGUUCUCUCCAUCUGCCUGAAAACCGCAGGGCAAGGGAUCGCUCGCCAUCACCCAUGAGAGGGUACCUCAUCCCCAGUCCGCUGCCCACCCGACGGACCAGGACGUUUUCAGCAACCGUGAGAGCAUCGGAGGGUCCCAUCUACAAAGGUGUCUGUAAAUGCUUCUGUCGCUCCAAAGGCCAUGGCUUCAUCACCCCUGCGGAUGGAGGGCCCGACAUCUUCGUACACAUCUCUGAGUAA